AGUAAGCUGUCGGAAGCUUCGUGAGAUAGAUCUCGAAAAGCAGUCACCCUCGAUAACCGACCGAGUUGUAAAAUCAGAAGCAAAAAAGUGCCAAGUUGGUGUUGUUGUUGUUGUUUUUUUUACAUAUGCACACGCACGCACGCACAGGUAGACGAAAGACACGCGUAGAGAACACUGAAAGUUUCGAGUAUCGCAACGCGUUGUUAACGAUUCACGAUCUCGUCAGAUGAUAAUAUUUCUCCUCGUCGUUACAUAUGCACGUGUAUUCUCGUAGUAAAACUCUCAUGACGAGAAUAAGCGGGUAGAAAAGAAGAAGAAUAAUAAUAAGAAGAUAAAAGAGAAUUUUAAAGAUUAAAAGAAAGAAGUAACAACAUCGUCGGGAUAUAUUGUUUUAUGGAGAAUCUGCGUUAAACGGGUGUGUUUAAAUGUAAAUUACAGAAAGGAAAAAAGAGAGAGAGAGAGAGAGAGAGAUAAGAAGAAAAUAACAACGUAUAUUAAAGUGGCAGUUUUUGUGUACUGAGUUUAAACAAACGUACGGUUAUCAAGUUUUUACCAUUGAUUUCGUCUUUAAUAAAAAGUAAUCAUUUACAUAAAACAUAUACAUUUAAUAUAGGUUACAUAUUUUAUUGUUCAGUUCGGUUUUCAUAUUUUAAACGUACGAUAAAAAUCAACGCCGCAUCGUAAAGUAAAGUAACCGGCGAACCCAAGAAGAGGAGAAUAUUCAAGCAGCGGAAAAAAACUGUCGCCAACAUGUCCACAGCCGUGAUGAGUAAUAACUCGAUGUUCGAGUGCGGCGAGCUGCUGUUCAAGAACGCCGCGCCAGCGAAAUCCAAGGAGCCAGUAUCAGCACACACGCCGUUAAGACGUAGCUACGCGUCAUUGGUAACAUUGAUAGAACAGCACCGAAAGUUGGACCGAAGCGUCAGCGAGCCGACGUCGCGUUACAAGACCGAGUUGUGCAGACCGUUCGAGGAGAGCGGUGCCUGUAAGUACGGUGACAAAUGUCAGUUCGCCCACGGUUAUUCGGAGCUUAGAAACCUGGCUCGUCAUCCCAAGUACAAGACCGAACUCUGCCGGACCUUCCACACCAUCGGUUUCUGUCCUUACGGACCUCGGUGUCACUUUAUACACAAUUUCGAGGAGGCGCGUAUACACAACCAAAAAGUCAGCGCCCAGCUGGGCCAGGCACAGCCGAAUAUAAUGGGUCUCAGUCCGAUCAUCGGUAGCAGUAACGCGAGUCUAAACUCGGCGGCGAUCCUCGAACAAAUCGCCGCCAACCACCAUCAGCAGCAGCAGCAACAGCAGCAGCAGCAACAGCAACAACAACAACAACAGCAGCAGCAGCAACAACAACUUAUGAGGUCCACGUCACUGGGUGCGUACAACCCUUCGAUAAUGAGAUCGAGUUCGAUGAACAUCGGUUCCUCGGCGUCGCAGAGGGUGCAGAAUCACCAGCACCAGCAGCAGCAGCACCAGCACCAGCACCACCAAGCAUCGGUGAUCGGAACGCGACCAAAGCCGUUAAACCUGAGCCCAACUUUCUCCCUGGGAAGCACAGCCGAUUCAGUUUCGCCAUCAUCGAGUCUGAGCCAAUCGCCGACCAAUUCGAUGGCCAGUUUCUUCAACGACGACGUCACGACGCCCUUCAGCUUCGGUCAGGACUUUACCAUCCUGACGAGACACAGUCCAAGUCCUCAGGGACCGAGUCCCAUCGUCGAGGAUCCAGCGCCCAGGACACCAUCACCCUUGUCGCCGAACGCGGAGUCCAGACUACCGGUAUUCAACAGAAUCAGCAAUCCGAUAACUGAUUUUGAACAUUUGAAGAUAUAAAUACGCAUAUAUUUUAUAUAUAUGUAAACGAUGAUAUUUAUCGCCGUCGGGUAUAAACAGCAGCGAACCUCUUAUCAACGGGGAACAAACUUGUUUUAAAUACGUUACGUGGUGUUUUUUCCCCCCUUUGUUUAUCUUUAUACGAAUUUUUUUCACCAAUAUUAUGAUAAGUCAUUUUUCGUUUUUUUUUUUUUCUUCUUUUUUCUUGUUCCUUUUUCAUUUCAUUUUUCAUCUUCUUACCGCCAAAUCGGCUUUUUUUUUACCCGCGGUGCAAAACGGUAUAAUAGCACACACACAUUUGUAUAACAACGA